AUGUUUCAAUCAGUGCUCUUUAUACAUGAGGAAAAUCCUUCGGCACCUAAUCAAAAAGAUAAUGCAAAAAUACGUGAAUUACAAAGGAGGAGGGCACGAAUUGUGAAUAAAAUUGAACCUUUAGAAGUCUUACCAUUUCCUCCAAAGUUUGAUGAACGUAUUUUUUUAAAAACAACUGGUAAACCAAAAACAAAAACAGCAAAUGGAUGGUUCUUUUACAGAAAAGCUUAUGUUGAAGAAUUAAAAGUUAUUGGAAGAGCAUAUCCUAUGACUGAAAUUUCGAAAUAUAUUUCAGAAUCAUGGAAAAAUGAACCUGAAACAGUUAGAAAAUAUUAUAAAGAACUUGCUUGUAAAGCUGCUAAUUUACAACCAGAAACACCUAUAACCAAAACUAAACCUAAAGUCACGAAGAGAGUUAAAUCUAUGAAAUCUUCUAAUGAGUCUCAAAAAUCAACAGUACCAGUAAAACCGGUAAAUGAUAUACCUAAUAAAGAUUUUUUUAAGGAUUAUUGUAUUUAUUCACCACAACCAGUUAUUACACCUUGUACAAAAUUACUUGAAAGCUAUCCUUACGAUGGUAUAAGUCAUGAGUCUGAAUAUAGUAGUUACUUUAUUGAACCAAAUAAUCUUUUUGGUGAAGGUAAUAACUUCUACAACAUUGAGAAUGACCAAAUAGCUUAUUACGAGUUUAUGAACACAAUGAAUACACAAGAUAUUAAUUUUGAUCUUAGUUUAUAUUCAGAGAAAGAAGAGCAACAGACAUUUUAUUAA